AUGAACGCCAGUUCAUCACAAAAUAUAACAUUUGUGCGCCCAGAGCACUUUUUCAUUACUGGACUUUCUGACAUACCUAACAGCAGAUAUUAUUUUAUUAUUUUUAUUUUUGUAUAUAUUAUAGCAGUAUGUGCAAACUCAAUCGUCCUUUUUACAAUUUUAACAGAAAAAUGUCUGCACAGUCCUAAAUACAUGGGGAUCUUUAAUUUAGCUCUGGCAGACUUUGGUGAAACAAAUGCGAUGAUCCCAAACAUGUUAAAAACAUUUCUUUUUGAUUCACCGUACAUUUCUUACGGCGCUUGUUUGGCCAACAUGUUUUUUGUUUUUUUCUUUCUCACCGGACAGACUUUAACUCUGGCUGCUUUGGCAUAUGAUCGUUUCGUUGCCAUUUGCUUACCCCUGAGAUACCAUGCUAUUGUUACUCACUCGUUUAUGACUGCAGUUAUUACAGCAAUGUGGUCAAUUAAUGCUGUGGUUAUAAGCGCAAUGGUGGGUUUCAUAACACGACUUUCGUUCUGUAAAACCAAUGAGAUAAGAAGCUUUUUUUGUGACCAUGGACCAGUUUACAGACUUGCUUGUAAUGAUAAUAGCAUAAAUAACAUGUUUGGCCAGGCAUGUACUGCAGUAUAUUUUUAUGCACCUUUUAUUGCCAUAGUCUUAUCAUAUUUAGGAAUUAUUUUAGCCUUGAUUAGGAUAACAACCUGGGAGGCUCGGCUUAAAGCACUGAAAACUUGUGCCUCUCAUCUGAUAAUAGUAGGAAUAUUUUUCCUUCCUACAUUAGGUACAUACACAGCUGCUCUGUAUUUCACCAUCCAUCCUAAUGCUCGAAUAAUCAAUACUUCCAUAUCAAUGACCAUUUCGCCCAUGUGUAAUCCCAUCAUUUAUGUCUUAAGCACACAGGAAUUCAGAUGUGUCAUAAUAAAAAUGGUAAAAAGGAAACUUUCCAUGAAUGCCAGGGCACAAAUGAUUACAAUCUGA